UGCACUAUUGUUGCAGAGCAUCUCUCCAUCAUCACUAAGGACUACCAAGUGGGGUUGAUCAGAUGUUUUCUUUGAUGCCAGAGGAGGUAUUACACCUUGUUCGUAAACAAAUAUCUAUAGAAAUUUCCAUUUUGAUUGGAUUGUCGGCUCGGCGUUAGCAAAUGUCUGUUUGUUGUGAAUAAAUAUCUAUAGAUUUUGUGGCAAAGACGUACAAAGGUGAGCUAUACCAAUGCCUACUGGAAAAAAAGCAUAAAUUGUGUCAUUGUUAACCGGUAUCAGAGGGACCCAAAAUAGACUUAACAAAAUUUAACGCGAGUGAUCAACCGUCGAAUCGAGUGGACAGUAUUGUCAGUACUGACUAUGCAGGCUUCUGGGACAUUGUAACAGUCGAGCGCACAACUAAACGUUAGGUGAGCUUCUAUAUUCGACCAAGACCUUAGCUGCAUUUGUUGAUAGCAGAACCGGACAUGUUUGCUGGCGAUAAAAAUGUCUUCUACUCAUAUAUCUAAAAUAAUAACAGAGAAAGAUAAAAAAGUGAUUUUUGUACAAUCGGAUUGUUUUAUUUCAUUUGUGUAAGUUGUUAGAAAGAGGCACCGUUUCAGGGCCAGUCAAUUUACAUUUUACUUAUAUACUUUAUUCAGAAGAAACCGUAAUCCAUUUAGUGGCGUUUUCAUGUUUCGAUAUCUACAUGACUAGUUUUAAUUAGAGGGCAUAUAUAUGUGAAACAAGUCACGUAACCCUAACAGGAGGGAUCAUCAGUCAAUGAAUAUAGGCUCAUCAUUUUUUAACGGUCCAUUGAGACACAUACUGUUGAGAUACGUAGCAGUCUUAAGCUAAAGUUUUCCAUUUUUUGUAUUUUAUAUUUAGGCGUCGAUUUUAAAAAGGGAGUUGUUGAAUGAUUGAGUAGACUAUUUGAAAUCACCACACGUCUUUCGAAACCUGACUAACUUUAAAAUAACUUUAUUGAAAAUAUAUCUCAGUAGGACUGGCAUUAAUUAAUAUUCCUUUGUAGCAAACGAACGUCUAGAAAGAAUAGUCUAAUUUAAUUAAGCUCUUUUAUAUCUUAUAUCUUUUUUAAAGAGAUUUAGCUCUCAAAUUUUUUUGGCAUCUUCCAUCAUUGUAGGUGAUGUUGUUUAGAAUUUUAACACAGGUGAGUAUAUUUUCUAUAAGCUGCGAAAUUUUAUAAAAUCUUAUAAAAAACAGUUGACAUUAUCUUGACAAAGGUAACUUUCCACAGGUAACAGUUUAUCUGUUGUCUGUUCUGUAAUUAGGUUUGAGAGUUUAUUAAACUUUGAAACAGUCAAAAUUUAAAAAGGCGUGUUACAUAAAUACAUCGUAGCAUUACUCGGAUGCGACAGUAACGUUGCUUGAUAACCGCUAAAUCUUAUUAUCAUUAUCAUAUAUGUGUGGUGGAGGCAACCAGUUAAUUUCAAUAUUUAUAGUUACUGCCGUAUACAGUUAACGAUGUAGUACGUUGCUCUGGGUGGGAUUGUUCUUUCAAGCUCAACAGAGUUAAAAAAAAUUCGUUAGAAAAGUUGAAAUUAAGAGAAAUUAACGAUUGAAUUUAUUUUUAGCCUAGGACAGGUAUUCAUAGUCAGCAAAAAGCUGCUUCAAAGCAAUUAUGUCGACGUUCUCAGAAGAGUCUCUUGUCAAACGGCUCAAGGAGCUCAAUCAAACUCAACAAGCGAUUGAAACGUUAAGUUUAUGGCUUAUCCAUCACAGAAAGCAUCAUAAACGGAUUGCGGAAGUAUGGAUGAAGACGCUUCUUGACCUGGAGAAGGCAAGCAGAAAGCUUACGCUGCUAUAUUUGGCCAAUGACGUGAUCCAGAAUAGUAAACGUAAGGGACCUGAAUUUUCCACAUCGUUUAUAGAUCCUUUGGAUGCAGCCUUUCGCCAUAUGUACACUGUACAUCCAGCUGAAGAGAAGAUUUUGUCUAGUAUUGGCCGUAUUUUGAGCAUUUGGAAAGAUAGACGAAUUUACGACGAAGCCGUGAUCGGUCGAUUUGAAAAACAUAAGACUCAACAUCAGAAGCUACAACAGGAAAAGUCUAAGGCCAGCGACAAAGACAACAGCAUUCAGAAUCCUAAUAGUCACAAUAAUGGAGAUCAGAAGCGAGCUCGAAAGUCGUUAGGAGACUCUGGUGCUCCCUCUUCGCCCACGGCUCCUCCAGAUCACAGCACACAUAAAAAGCCUCGAACAUCCCUUUCGGUAUCAUUUAAUGGCGAUGCCAAUCUCGGCGAAAAGAUCGCACAGUUUCAGAGCAACCAAAAGGGCAGCCGAAGCAGCAAUUUCGAAGCAGACGUUCUUCCUGAAGAUUUUAAGCCUCCCGAACACAAUGAGGUGAUACGCGCGAUCCUUGCACUUGAGAAUGCGUCGUCCACGGACGCAGUAGUUCGGGAAAAAAUCGCAUCGCUUCCCCGCGAAGUUAGCGACGCCGCACUCUUACAAAAAGUCAAUGACCAACACACGCUUGAUUCGCUUCGUAAGCAGGUAGAGGAUGCGUGUAAUCUUCUUAACGCAUAUAAUGGAGACCUUGAUAAGGAGAUUACGGCUCGAGGCAAAUUAGCCACAAUUCUGCAUGAUUUCCGAAGGUAUAACGCUCACAAAAUGCGAGAAGCUGAAAAGGAGUUAGAAGUAUAUAAACAGAAGCUCAGCAGUGCAAUUCAGGUCCGCGACGAGGUGAGACGGCAUGCCAACAAGCUUCCCGACAUGUCGAAGCUACCCAACGUUCAGGGUUCCCGCCUUGGGCCCUUGCCUACCGCCGGAGACCUCUUUACCAAGUAGACAACUAAUAGUAACAAAACCUAUUGCUUAACACGUUUUCAUCCGUCAUAUGCAUGAGAGAAAUAGUAAAGAAAGACGGUUUUUUUUUCGGCACAACACGACGUGUACACCGUGUCGGUUGUCGAAAGUGGAGCAGUCUAGCCAAGUAAUAAUCAUAAGGAUUAUUAUUUUUAUUACCACAGAUACUAGUUUCUCAUCGGAUCGCAGUAAUGUCAGAGCACGUUUGUCAGUUUGGCCGCCUUAUGUAAUGUGGAUCUAUUUCGGAGACGUGUACAUAUCUAUAUAGGCUUAGUACACAUUUCUGAGGGACCUUUUGAAUAAUCUAACUUGUAUGAUAUAUUAUAUAUGAUACCGUGGUAAAUUAAAACGAAUAAAGCUUUUUCAGGUUGAGCUCUUAGGAUAACUGCUAUUGGGUCGCGGCUGGUUAGGACCUUAUCAUAGCUUAUUGUGUUUUAAGAAGCGAGUUAUAAGUUUUCCCGGAUAAGUUCAAGCACACACAGUUUUUCUUCGUCAGUAGAUUUCCGCAGUUAAACUACCAAUGGAAUGUACGAAAAAGUAGAUUGUCGGCAAUAGGUAAAGUAGUAUACUGUUCUAUAUAGGUAAACAAGUUCAACUGAAUAGCAGUAACGACUGUCUCAAUGUCUGAACGCGUGUGUAAAGCUAACAAAGGGUGAAUUCGAUAUUUAGCAAUGGAUAAACAAUAAUUUAAUUUUAUUUUAAUUUAUAUCAGUACAGGAUGCGAGUUUCGAGACAAGUGCGGAUAUGUGAAUAUAUGUAUGAAUGGAGAAGUCGCGAAUCAAUAAUUAAGCACUAAACAUUUGGAAUCAUCACAGAACUUCUCGUUCUUCUCGUUGUGUUUUCCUUACGAGUAUACAGACUUAGUUAGCUGACGUUUUUUUUUGUUUUAUGUGCGAUGACAACAGCCUGACUAAAGUUGGUGAGAUUCGUUCUACCUGGUUAUCAAAGGUUUAAGCCAGUGUAUUUUAUUUGCGUUUAAAAGACCGAAAUUCUAAGUUAGCCACUGAUACAUUGACGAGGCGCCUAAGAUGAGCUUAA